CUGACAUUUACGUACAACUCUUAUUGUGGGUCGACGACAAAGUACUUCAGUACCUUCACCUUUCCCCGUCGGUGCAAAUCAGCACAGGCCACGUUCCGCACCUAAGCAGCUGCAAGCUUAUCAGCCACGCCGCCUCUCCACUCCCCACCUUACUUCUCAACUUCCCAGCUAACUAAAUCAUUUACCCAUUCACUCCAUCCUCUACCUAUUCAAUCAAUCGAUAAUUCAGACUUCUGCGCCUGAUUGAAUGUCAUCUCAACAAACUUUUUAUGUUGAAUACAUACAAACCCUCUGAAGCAGAAGCAUAAACAGCAUAGUCCAACUCAGUUCUCGUUACGGCUUUACCUUGAGUAGUGCAUCGAAAGCUGCCGACCUUGGCCACCCCUCUUCUCUCGCCUUCUCGUUGCGCGCGACUCUGUCAUUGGUCGCCGCCCCAACACACCAUCAUCAUCCUCACUCCUCAUAUACCCGUGGUCAUGCAAAUGAAUCGAAGUCGAUAUGGCCACCAGAAAGAUGACGCUUGAAGAUUGGCUCGAUGACCUGUGCGUCAGGUUCAUCAUCAACCUCCCCAAAGCCGACUUAUCUUCUGUCGCCCGUAUCUGCUUCCAGAUUGAGGAAGCCCAGUGGUUUUAUGAAGAUUUCAUUCGAUUAAUCGACCCAACCCUCCCGUCCAUGUCGCUCCGAAGUUUCACGCUCAAGAUGUUUGAGUAUUGCCCUCUACUCGCGUCUUUUUCGGCAGAAGAGCAUAUUAGAGCCUUCGAAGAAUUCAUGACAUAUAAGACGCGGGUGCCGGUAAGAGGUGCGAUCUUGCUGAACGACACCAUGGACGCCGUGGUCCUUGUCCGCGGGUUCAAGAAGGGUGCGACGUGGAGUUUCCCACGAGGAAAGAUUAACAUGGAUGAAGAUGAUUUGGAUUGUGCAGUUAGGGAAGUCUAUGAAGAAAUAGGCUACGAUAUUCGGGAAGCCGGUCUCAUUACCGAAAAUUCAGCAGCUCAAUACUUCGAGGUCACUAUGCAGGGCCAGCAAGUUAGGCUGUAUGUAUUUCGUGGAAUUCCGGAGAACACCGUUUUUGGUACGCGCACAAGGAAGGAGAUCGGAGCCAUUAAAUGGUACAAGGUCGAAGAAUUGCCGACGUACCGUAAGAAAAAAGGCGGACGGAUGAACGGAACUGGGGGACCAGGCAAUGAAAAGUUCUACAUGGUGGCGCCGUUUAUGGUUCAGCUGCGACAAUGGGUAUCAACGCAGCGGAAGCUUGAUACGCGCAAAGUUGGAGACCCAAGCGCCCACAACCACCCUCCAGCAUCUUACGAAGAGACAACGGAUGAGAACGUCAUGCAGGAGCCUGCUCAAUCGUCUGCUGCUCCGUCUACAUACCCCGAGUUGAUUGAUAACGCGACCAGAGAACUGCAACGUCUUCUUAGAGUGAGGCCGCAGACAGACCAGCAUGCUGGCCAUGCGCUCAUGUCUCUUUUGCAGCCUGGAAACGCAGCCGGCAGUGAGGUACACAGACAUGUACAAGAAAAUGAUGUUGAUGCUCGAACAGUACAACAUCAGCAUCAGCAUCAUCACCAUUUGUAUCACCAUCACCCACCUGAACCACCACAAUACUCAACCGAAGUAAGACCCCGCCCUUACGUUACUUACGUCAAUGCUACUACUGGCCCUGAGGAUAAUUAUCAAUCUGUGUUAUCCGAGAAAUUUCAACAAUCGCAGAACCAGUCAGUACAGCUGGUUCACCCGCAACCUCUUCCGCCCCAAGUUCAGAAAGCCAUGCUAUUGCGUGAUGUUAUCCCAUCAUCGUCACCGCAAAUUGCGGAGCAUUCUUCAGGUCGACCGGCAUUCCCCGGGUUCUCUCAGAGCAACCAGUAUGCUAGUCAAGAUCAGUCCGCCUACGUUCACAGAGCCCAAGCUGCUCAACCUGAGCGCCAGUUACCUGCACAUUCGGCAAAUUUACUGAAUGUCCUCAAAGGCAAUGUAUCGCAGCCGGAUGCAGGUCAGAGCCUCGCCCCAAGACUACCUAGUCAACCUGCGAGCCGAUCGCCUGAGAAUAGCUCCCAGCAUCAGUUUCCUAUGCCGGGCAAAGCGUUUGUUGGAAAGCAACGCGCUUCAGCCACCCCAUCCGAAUAUAGCUCUAUACCGGUGAACGGCGUUCAUGCGAACCCGUCAAGCUCCGAUGCGCGAUUGCUUCGUCCGACUGAUAAACAUCGUGCCGGUUUGCUUGAGAUGUUUAAAAAGGCAGAACCUGUAGCGCAGAAUCAGCUUGAUGGGGAGGAGAUGACUCGCCGAACCUCCCAACUAGGCGAAGACGCUAAAAAGCAACGAUCAUCCAAGGUUCCAUCGACAGCUAGUGUUCUUCAAACUGCCGCUCAUGAACACGGCGAGCCUCUGCAGACUCACCCUGAAGCCAACCUUCCGUUUAGGGCUUUGUCCAUCUUAUCUCGCCCUAAGCCAGGCCAAGAACAAGGCGAGAGUACGGUUUCACGACCCUCGCCUUCUUUCAAGAAGGCUUCGCCAAGAGCUAAUCACCCGGUAUCAUCGAAGGCCCAACCGUUCGGCCAGUCCUAUCCGUACGGCUCGACCCAGCCGAAUCCAUUGUCACUAUUUCCAACACCACCGUCUGCUUCGUCACUUCCAGUUCCAGGCGGCUUCCAGUUCAGACAAGAGUCGACGGAGGAGCAGAGGAGUACACUACUUUCGCUUUUUGGCAAGCCGAAAUCCAACUUCGAACAGAGCAAGGGAAAGGAGGCAUUAAUGCCUGAUCAGUCGGCCGCCAAUGCCGCCCCACGAUCUCAGCUGAGCUCGGUCGCCUCUAGCCGAGGGGAAGCAAAGCCAGUUUUGCGAGGGAACGCAUCCCGCCGCGGCAGUCAGACGCCGCUUUCUCCUGCUGAUAGGGAGUUCCUGUUGAAUUUCCUAGAAACUGCGUCUAGUAAUGCAAGACGCUAACUAGACACGCAGUUGGGAAUAGUUAUAAACAGGGAAGAUAGAAGAAAGUGGCGGAAGAUAGAAGGGGGCGGUGGAAGGUAGAGGAGGGGAGAUAGAGGGAAAAGGGGGUGGGGAAGAAAAGAAGGCGUACAGGAUGGACGCUGUACACUGUACUAAAAGGCAAAGCAGUGAAAGGGGUUUGCAUUAGUUCCCAGUAUACCCUUGGUGCAUAGUGGUUGCAUCGUAUAAUAGUGCUUUGAUUCCCAAGACCUUUCAG